GGAGCCUGGGAGCGGCGGGCGUCGGGAGCGGGGGACCAGCCGGGCGGCGCGGACCCCACGGCGACGGAUCGUCGUCAGAUGCCGGGGGCCCCUCGGUGACCAUCGUCUUCGGAAGUCUGAGCAGCUCUCCGUCUCCCACCAGAAGGAAAGAUGUGGAAGGCCUCGGCGGGCCACACCGUGUCCAUUGCCCAGGACGACGGCGGUGCCGACGACUGGGAGACCGACCCCGACUUCGUGAACGACGUGAGCGAGAAGGAGCAGAGGUGGGGUGCGAAGACCGUGCAGGGGUCCGGGCACCAGGAGCACAUCGACAUACACAAGCUGAGGGAGCACGUGUGCCAGGAGCACCAGAGCCUCAGGCAGAAGGAGCUGGAGACGGGACCCAAGGCCUCGCAUGGCUACGGCGGGAAGUUUGGCGUGGAGCAGGACCGCAUGGACAAGUCAGCUGUUGGCCACGGCUACCAGUCCAGCCUCUCCAAGCACUGCUCGCAGGUGGACGCCGCCCGGGGCUUCGGGGGCAAGUUUGGUGUCCAGGUGGACAGAGUGGACCAGUCCGCCGUGGGCUUUGAGUACCAGGGCAAGACGGAGAAGCACGCUUCCCAGAAAGACUACUCGAGCGGCUUCGGUGGCAAGUACGGCGUGCAGGCCGACCGCGUGGACAAGAGCGCCGUGGGCUUCGACUACCAGGGCAAGACGGAGAAACAUGAGUCCCAGAAAGACUACUGCAGAGGCUUCGGGGGAAGGUACGGCAUCGAGAAGGACAAGGUGGACGAGAGCGCCGUGGGCUUCGACUACCAGGGCAAGACGGAGAAACACGAGUCCCAGACAGACUACGUGAAAGGCUUCGGGGGGAAGUUCGGCGUGCAGACGGACAGACAGGACAAGUGUGCGCUGGGCUGGGACCACCAGGAGAAGUCGCAGCUGCACGACUCCCAGAAAGACUACUCCAAAGGAUUCGGCGGGAAGUACGGGGUGCAGAAGGACCGCAUGGACAAGAAUGCCUCCCCCUUCGAGGACGUCACCAAGGUGCCCUCCACGUACCAGAAGACGGUCCCCGUGGAAGCAGCCACCAGCAAGACCAGCAACAUCAGAGCCAACUUCGAGAACCUGUCGAGGGAGCAGGAGGAGCAGGAGGACCGGCGGAGGGCGGACCGAGCGCAGAGGCUGGCCACCGAGCGGCGGGAGCAGGAGGAGGCCCGCCGGCAGCUGGAGGAGCAGGCCAGAGCCCAGAGGCCAAGCCCGCCCGCGUCCCCCACCCCACAGCCGGCCCAGGAGAGGCCGCCCUCCAGCCCCAUCUACGAGGACGCGGCUUCAUUCAAGAGCUGCAGAGCUGCCCCGAGCGAGCCUGAGCCUGUGUACAGCAGGGAGGCCACCGACUACCCCGAGGCCGUCUAUGAAGCGGCCGAGGCCCCCGGCCACUAUCCGGCAGAGGAGAGCACCUACGACGAGUAUGAGAACGACCUCGGGGUCACCGCCCUGGCUCUCUACGACUACCAGGCUGCGGGCGACGACGAGAUCUCCUUCGACCCCGACGACAUCAUCACCAACAUCGAGAUGAUCGACGACGGCUGGUGGCGUGGGCUGUGCAAGGGCCGGUACGGGCUCUUCCCGGCCAACUACGUGGAGCUGCGGCAGUAGGCGCGGCGUGGGCACGCCUCCCACGUGGGCACGCCUCCCGUGGGCACGCCCACCCUGGG